AUGUGCUCACCAUAUCGAAACCUCCGCCAUGGGGGCUUCCGUCUCCUGACCGUAAUGAAAGGAGCCCACGAUCGUGACUUACGCUUCCAAUUCAAAGAGGCUGUUCCAUCACUGACUCAGCAGUACACCGCUAUCUCGUACACGUGGGGUAACGAUGCACAGACGGAGACCAUCCACGUCGAUGGCCACCCCCUCCGUAUCAAACCAAAUCUCUGGGCUUGCCUUUACACUCUGCGUCGUUACUACUGGCAGUAUAUAUGGGCUGAUGCCAUUUGUAUAAACCAGGACGAUGUAACCGAGAAAAAUCAACAAGUCCGUAUGAUGGAUCAAAUCUACCGGAAUGCUACUGUUGUCUCGGUUUGGCUGGGCCUUGUCCCAUUACCAGACUGGCUCAACGUUUCGGGACCAAUUGUCACUCUCGAAAUCGACGACUUUGACUGGGCAGAGUCGAUGGAAGAUUUAGCAAAUCGACCAUACUGGACGAGAAGCUGGACCAUUCAGGAAUACAUGCUGGCCCGCGAAAUACACGUGUACUGCAGCAACAGCCGAGUCGAGGGCCCGUUCUUCCAAGAGCUGCUCGCACGAGCGGCGGGCAUCGAUCUACUAAGCAUCAAAGACGAUGGCCUCGCCGCGCAAUCAGAUCUGAUUCGAAAGUGGCCCGCUCUGCCGAUAAAUUUCGGACGACAUGUCGACCGCAUGCCUGAGCUCUACCAACCACUCUACGACCUCCUCAUUCGGCACGGAAACGCCCAAAGUAAGGACCCACGGGACAAAGUCUUUGCACUGCUUGGACUAGUCCCACGUGAAGAGCAAUUUUUCCUCUUGAAGAGUUUCCCAGAUUACAGUCUGAGCAUGGAGCAAGUAAACGCCGUAACGCUUUCGCAUCUGCAGUUUUUCGCCGUAGGCCAGCCCCUCGAGCCGAUUUUCAGAGCGCUGCGCAUCCACGAAGGCAGAGACAGGAGGCGGCUACUGCAAAUCCUCGGCAGGAUGGACUACAUUGGUGCGGACGAUCCGGCUUCAGAGGUUGCCUUUAUAUCGGCCUAUUUGUUUCCACAUAUGAACGAGGAUCCGGAGGCUGCAGUCGAGGAAUAUGUGCUUGAUGGCGCUGUCACAUAUGAUGUGGCACAGGGCCGGAAUAUAAGCGGGAUCAUGAAGUGUGUUGGUGGAGCUGUUGUGGGUAUCCCUUUGCUCUGUGUAGUGGCAAUUCGCUUGUGGCGAUAA